AUGGAAUGCAAUAUCUCACUUCCAGCUCCACUUAACGAUGACGGCUAUAACGGCAGCGACAGUUCCAACGACAGCAAAUUAGACUCCAGAAUAGAGUAUGGAAAGCGGGGAUCUAGGAAAUGGGGAAGCAGAAACAGCGCUGGAAACGAUGCAGACACAAGGCAAAAAGGAAAGGAUGCAGGUGACAUAGAUCCUGGGGUGCAGGAUAGGAAAAUAGAACCGAAAACGAUGGGGGAAAAAAUAGGAGGUUUAAAAUGGGACCGGGUGUGA